AUGUCUGACAUGGAUAUUUCUACUAUUGAUUGUGAAAACGAGCAUUCUGUAAGUUCAAUUUUAAUUAUGAAUUUUAAAAAAAUUCGGAUUUUCAGACAUCACUAUCUGAUGUUCCGAUCGAAAUCCUUGAGAAGAUUCAAACAUAUUUGGAAUCAAUUGAUAUUGUCAGAUUGCGAGGUGUUUCGAAACAAAUUCAAGAAAAUCUAGACUCGCUUGAUCAAACAGAAAGGUCAGUCUGGAUUUCAAAUUGGUCCAAAGGACCCGUUUUUGCGCUAUAAACAAACCUAAACAUAGUGAAUUCCGCGAGAAGUACACACAACUAAAUGUUUUGUGCAAUAGAGCAAAUUUGAUUGCCUUAUGGGAAAAACAGUGAAAUUGCGAAAAAUGUAUCAAAAAUUAUCUUGUUUCCCAAAAAGUUUAGCCCAAGAACUACUGUAGUUGGAAAAAAUUUGCAAUACAGUGAAGGAGAAAGAGACGCAGACAUUCCCUGCUUGUCACACACUGUUUGUGUCUGCGUCUCUUUCACUCACACAGUAUCUUCUCUCAAAUAUAUUUUGGUCUUGUUUGGAGGCAAAAAAAUCCUAAAUCAAAUGGGUAUCUCCAUUCCAUAAAAAACAUUUUUUUCAGUUUGUUGUACUCCGAAAUUAAUUCCGUUGUUUACUUAAAAAUAGAAAAAAACAACAUUCACAUUAGCAAUAAAGAAAUCCCGAGAUACAUGAGCGAUCCAGUGAAAUACCCGCCAGAAUCUCUUGCUGUUUUUCCAAUCACCGGAAUUCGCCAACUCAAUUGGUAUCGACCAAUGUGGUUAACAUAUGCGUAUUCAACAAUUCUCGAAUCAUCCUUGGAUUUGGAAGAUUUUUUAGAAGAUGUUCAAGAUUUAGCCAUCGUUAAUAUCCUACAUUCUACAGAUCCGAUUGUUCGAAAAAAACGACUGAAGAAUUUUUGCGCCAAUCUUCGAAAAAUGAUCAACUUGUCAAGCUUUCAUUGUGGUGAUGAGAAUCUGACAUUUGAGGAACUCGAAAAAAUUAUUAAGAGUUUCAGACUCGUUCCAAGUGACGUUAUGAUUGAUUCCGAUAUGAUUUAUAUAACUUUUAAUGGAAAUAUACCAUUUUACAAAAAAUCGAUAUUGUCACUUAUAUUGGCUAAAACAAAGAUGGCCCUUUUAGUACGUGUUGGUACCAAUAGUGAUAUUGAACGCGAUUUUGAUGAGGAAGAUUAUGAGGGAAUCGAAUGGUUCAUGAAAAUUCAGGUUUGUUAUGGUUUUUAAAUUGAGAAAGUGGGAUCUUCCGGAUUUCAAAAUUUCAAAUUUGAUACAUUUUCAGAGUCCCGAUCCCGAAAAACGCUUAGAAUUGAGUCUCGGAACAUGUCCAGAAUCAAUUUGUGAUAAAUUGAUUGAAUUAUCGCACAAAUGGUUUGGACAUGGUGAAACAGAACCUGGAAUAAUUGAACAUGGACAAAACACUCUUACUUUCGAAAGGUAA